AUGUCUUCGGUGGAUGGAUUGCAGUACCAAGCUCUCUAUGAAUAUAAGAAGGACCGGGAGGAAGGGUUGGCUCUCUCUCCUGGAGACCUGCUCACGGUCAGUAGAGCAGGUCUCCUUUCUGCGGAGUCUAAGGCGGGAGAUAAGAGGACUCCCCAAGGGUGGCUGAAUGGCUUCAAUGAACGCACCAAGGAAUGGGGAGAUUUCCCAAUCGCAUAUGUGGAGUACCUGGGCCCCGUGAGGACUGUGCCCUCCACAUCGAAAUCUAGGCCCAGACCUCUGCCACCGACACCUGCUGGGAUGCCUACCAGCCACCUAAAGGGAUCCGCUGGGCAGAUGGAGGUUGUCAAUCAGUUAAACGUCCCAGAACAUGCCCUGCUGGUUGUAAGGAGACUUCUUGAUGCUUUAGAAAAAGAAGACUUAGAUCAUGAAGCACUUUACAGAUCCCCUCCCGGCUCCUUUUGUAGCCCUCAGCUCACACAGGCACUUCUGACAGACCUUGAAUCUGUUGAACUGGACCCUUUUGAUGGACCGACAUUAGCCAAAAUGCUCAGAGGCUACCUGCAGCAGCUGCCUUUCCCUGUCAUUCACCCAGCAAUAUACAGUAAACUACUCUGCACAGUUAAAGAAACUCGAACUAUGGAACAGUGUGGUCAACGAAUAAAGCUGAUCCUUGAAUCUCCUUGUCUCCCCCAGUGGCACAAAUGUCUACUGCAGCAUCUGAUCAGUCAUUUCUGCAAACUGUGCCAGAAUGCCAACAAGAAUCACCUCACACCCAGGGUGCCUGGAGAGGCCUUCAGUGAAGCACUUUUCAGACCGUCCUUGUCAAGCAUGGACAUGAAUCCUGAGCACAAUGUGAAGAUUAUUGAGGCUCUCAUUGUGGCUGGUGGAGUGUUUGAGAUCCAGGCAACACCAGCUCUUCCCCCAAAACCCUCCAAACCAAUGACUCCAGUAAAUACAAAUGGCAUAAAGGAGAAUUGCAGUUCUUCACUUCAGGAUGCAGAAUGGUAUUGGGGAGACAUUUCAAGGGAAGAAGUAAAUGACAAAUUACGAGAUAUGCCAGAUGGAACAUUCCUGGUGCGAGAUGCAUCAACCAAGAAGCAGGGAGACUAUACUCUGACGCUGCGAAAGGGUGGCAACAAUAAAUUAAUAAAAAUUUAUCAUCGAGAUGGAAAAUACGGUUUUUCUGAUCCACUGACGUUUAGUUCUGUUGUGGAGCUGAUUAACCACUAUCGCCAUGAGUCUCUUGCCCAGUAUAACCCUAAGCUUGAUGUGAAGCUGAUGUAUCCUGUGUCCAGAUACCAGCAGGACCAGUUGGUGAAAGAAGAUAAUAUUGAUGCUGUGGGCAAAAAGCUGCAGGAAUACCACACUCAAUAUCAAGAGAAAAGUAAAGAGUAUGACAGGUUAUAUGAAGAAUAUACCAGAACCUCACAGGAAAUCCAGAUGAAGAGAACAGCAAUAGAAGCUUUUAAUGAAACAAUUAAAAUAUUUGAAGAGCAGUGUCACACCCAAGAGCAGUAUAGCAAAGAAUACAUUGAAAGGUUCCGAAGAGAAGGGAAUGAAAAGGAAAUUGAACGUAUUAUGAUGAAUUAUGAAAAAUUGAAAUCACGUCUGGGUGAGAUCCAUGAUAGCAAGCUGCGAUUGGAACAAGAUUUGAAGAAGCAAGCCCUGGACAACCGGGAAAUUGAUAAGAAAAUGAACAGUAUCAAACCUGAUUUUAUCCAACUGCGCAAAAUCAGAGAUCAGUACCUUGUCUGGCUGAAUCACAAAGGAGUGAGGCAGAAGCGAAUAAACGACUGGCUGGGAAUCAAAAAUGAAAAUAUUGAUGAUACAUAUUUUACAAAUGAGGAAGAUGAAAAUCUGCCACAUUAUGAUGAGAAGACUUGGUUUGUUGGAGAUAUCAAUCGUAUUCAAGCAGAAGAUUUGCUUGGUGGGAAACCUGAUGGAGCAUUCUUAAUUCGUGAAAGUAGCAAGAAAGGCUGUUAUGCCUGUUCUGUGGUAGCUGAUGGGGAAGUUAAACACUGUGUGAUCUACAGCACUCAAAGAGGUUAUGGGUUUGCAGAGCCAUAUAAUCUAUAUAGCUCCCUUAAAGAAUUAGUCCUUCAUUACCAGCAUACCUCCCUCGUCCAACACAACGACUCCCUCAAUGUCAGGCUCGCUUACCCUGUCUAUGCACAGAUGCCCUCCCUCUGUAGAUAAACUCUAGGAGGGUGAAG